GCACAUCAAAAAUACCAAAAUGGCCAAGUUUGAGACCCCAGGAAUUAACAAGUCACGUGAUGGCUUAGCUGCAAAGGGCCUGUAAAUGCGGAACUAUGGAUAAGCUGGUAGGAGAUGUCGAAAAUGCAAUUUGGAGCAAAUCUGGAGGACAAUCGGAGCCAACUGGGUCUUUUUGCGACGAAAAAGACGCAACACGUGCAUCACCUGAAGCUCAGAGAUCGAGCACAGCUGUCCUUGGGCACACAGUUUGCUACAUAGUAAGUGCCGUUGUUCUUAAAGAAGGUCGGGUUUUGAUGAUGAGAGAAGCCAAGAAAUCCUGCAGAGGAACAUGGUAUUUGCCAGCGGGUAGAGUCGAGAAAAACGAGUCCCUCGAAGAGGGUGUUGUGAGAGAAGUGUUAGAGGAAACGGGGCUUGCUUUCCAACCCAUCUCCAUUAUUUGUGUGGAUUCCCAAGGGACAUCUUGGUUUCGUUUCACUUUCGUUGGAUUAAUUACAGGCGGAAAGCUUAAGAGCCUGAAAGAACAAGAUAAGGAGUCCAUGGAAGCAGGAUGGUUUACAACUCAAGAAGUAUUUAUCUCUCUCCUACUUCGAGCGAGAGAUAUUUGUCCUUUGAUCAAUGCUGGGCUGAAAUGGUAUGAAACAAAGGAAGACAACCCUAUCUGCAGAUUAAUGCCUGCAAAGAAGUCCCAUAGUUGUAUUUCUGUCAGGCUGUUGGUUGUUAAAAGAGUGGAGAGAGAUAAUAAAAGAUCACUGUUCUGCCUUUUACUUCACAAGACUGCCACUGACAAUAAUUCACAUCCCUGUUUUCUGCACAAGGUUGCGAAUUUUUGCAUGUAUGGCUCCAAUGUCAGUGGUGUCAUUGAAGGAUUAGUCAGAGAUUUUGACAGUCAUAUACAGUACAGAACACAUGGCUAUAUUAAUAUCGAACACACUGGAAAGCCUCAUGGGGUGGCAGAUGGAUUGUGCCUGACGUUUCUAGUAGAGGUUUUUGAGGCGGUAGAGGAAGGAAUUUUACAGGGAAAAUACAGCUGGUUUGAAUUGGAAGAAAAGCCCAUGGCAGACAAGAUUUGGGAUCUCAUAGAUGUCAAAGGUUGCGUUGAGCUUGUAGAAUAUUAAUUAAAAGUUUAAAAAUCCAGCUCACAAUCCCUUGAGACCCUGUUAGGGGAGUCAUCCAUGUCCUCCAUUCAGAUUUUAAACUUUUUCAUAUCACAGUUUUGGAAGUUUCCUCAUCAGUGCUUAAAUUUCAACAAUAGUCAUGUCAUUCAUUGCAAUUUUAUUGGCCUCCUUUUCAUUGUUUUGACUGCGACUCCCAUUUGAUAAGGUCAGGGAUGUUCAUCACCAUCUUGUGUCCCAUAAUAACCUUGUAUCUCUUUUCUCGCUUAGGGUAUAAAUCAAGGAUAUUAGUCUCAUUUAGGGUGUUAAUGAUGAAACACCACAAUUUUCAGCUGUCAAAGUAUCUCUUUAUACUUCCGUUUUUAGGUUUGAUUUUUGUCAGUCUCUCGAGACCAGUCUACUAGCACAGGCAAUUCCAUUUUAAAUGUGGUACUAUUUUUUAGGGGUCAAAUACAGCUCGAGUCAUGACCA